AUGAAUGGAUGUUACUGCGCUCCACGGCUUUCGCCUCCUCCUGAUAGCCGAGCACCCUGCAGCAGCACCCUGCAGCCGCACCCUGCAGCAGCACCCUGCAGCCGCACACCCUGCAGCCGCACCCUGCAGCAGCACCCUGCAGCCGCACCCUGCAGCAGCACCCUGCAGCCGCACACCCUGCAGCCGCACCCUGCAGCAGCACCCUGCAGCCGCACCCUGCAGCCGCACCCUGCAGCAGCACCCUGCAGCCGCACCCUGCAGCAGCACCCUGCAGCCGCACCCUGCAGCAGCACCCUGCAGCCGCACACCCUGCAGCCGCACCCUGCAGCAGCACCCUGCAGCCGCACCCUGCAGCCGCACCCUGCAGCAGCACCCUGCAGCCGCACACCCUGCAGCCGCACCCUGCAGCAGCACCCUGCAGCCGCACCCUGCAGCAGCACCCUGCAGCCGCACCCUGCAGCAGCACCCUGCAGCCGCACACCCUGCAGCCGCACCCUGCAGCAGCACACCGGCAGCAGCACCCUGCAGCCGCACCCUGCAGCAGCACCCUGCAGCCGCACACCCUGCAGCAGCACCCUGCAGCCGCACCCUGCAGCCGCACCCUGCAGCAGCACCCGCUGA